UGAGCAUCAAAAUUGUUUUGAUUAUUUUUUCUAGAAAUUUUUUGUUCUUUGGAUUUUAUUUUAUUUAUAAAUCAAUUUUUCUUUUGCAAAAAAUGUCAAAUAAUUUGCCAUCACAUGGUGGCACAAUAAAUUCAAUCGAUUCUUCAUCAUCAAAAAAUUCUUUACAUAAUCAUUUAAGAAAUAUAACGGGUUCGACGACAUCAUCUAAUAUGCCUGGUAAUUUACAUAAUCCUACUUCUAAUCAUCAACCACCAUCGUCACAAUCAUCAUCAUCAUUAACAAGCUCAAGUAAUAUCAAUGGUCCAUUACCAGAUAAUGAAUAUGAAUUUCCAUAUUGUGAAGAUGUUAAUAAAUAUACCAAAAUUAGUAAAAUUGGACAAGGAACUUUUGGCGAAGUUUUUAAAGCUAAACAUAGUAAAACAAGAAAAUUAGUUGCAUUGAAAAAAGUUCUUAUGGAAAAUGAAAAAGAAGGUUUUCCAAUAACUGCUUUACGUGAAAUAAAAAUUCUUCAAUUACUAAAACAUGAAAAUGUCGUGAAUUUGAUCGAAAUUUGCCGUACAUCUUCAACUGAUCCAAAUUAUAAGGCUACAUUUUAUCUGGUUUUCGAUUUUUGUGAACAUGAUCUUGCCGGACUUUUGUCCAACAUUACAGUCACAUUCAAUUUAGGAGAGAUAAAAAAAGUUAUGCAACAAUUAUUAAAUGGCCUAUUCUUCAUUCAUAAGCAAAAAAUUCUACAUCGUGAUAUGAAAGCAGCCAAUAUUUUAAUCACUAGAAAUGGUGUACUUAAAUUGGCGGAUUUUGGCCUAGCAAGAGCCAUUUCUGAUAUUCGUAGUGAUCGAUACACAAAUAGAGUUGUCACCUUAUGGUAUAGGCCACCAGAACUGUUAUUAGGUGCACGAAAUUAUGGCCCACCAAUCGAUCUUUGGGGUGCAGGUUGUAUAAUGGCCGAAAUGUGGACUCGUAUUCCAAUUCUGCAAGGAAAUACCGAAUUGGCUCAAUUGCAAAUGAUCACACAAUUAUGUGGAUCAAUAACACCCGAAGUUUGGCCUGGUGUUGAAAAACUUGAACUUUUCACUAAAAUGGAUUUAGGUAAAAGUCAACGACGAAGAGUGAAAGAAAAGCUGAAAAUGUUUAUCAAAUGUGAUUAUGCGUUGGAUUUGUUGGAUAAAUUAUUAAUUUUGGAUCCAUCCAAACGACUUGAUUCGGACAGUGCACUUAAUCAUGAUUUUUUCUGGUCCGAUCCAAUGCCACAAGAUCUUGGAAAAUUAUUAUCAAAAUAUACUAGUUCAAUGUUUGAAUUUACCACACCACGUCGUCGUGCAGCUCCACAAGCACAAGCAGGUGGUGGCCCUUCAGCACCUGGUCCACAUGUUUAUCAUCCUGGUCAUCAUCCGGGUGGUCAUCAACGUGGUCCACCUGGUCGUAUGGGAACCCAGAAUUCUGGUGGUCAAUAUAUUGAUCGUGUAUUUUAACAAAAAUAAAAAAAGGAUUUUUCUUUAAUUUUUUUUUGU